AUGUCUGCGGCCGCAGCGGAAUUGGAGCGGCCGGCCGCGCCCGCGGCGCCGGCGGCGGUCGACAAGCCCGCGGCUGAGCCCGAGCAGGAAGUGCUAGAGGUUGUCGAUGACGGCUGCGUAGUCAUCGGGCGCGAGCUUCGCGGCGAGAUCCACCGGCGCGGCCUGCUGCACAGGGCGGUGUACGUCUGGGUGUUUGACCAGGCGGGGCGGCUGCUGCUGCAGAGGCGGUCCUGGGAUAAGAAGAUCGGCCCAGGACAGUGGGAUCUCAGCGCGGCGGAGCACCUGUCGGUCG